CCUCUUUCGAGCGUCCUGCGGGCCCAGCCUCUGCUCGCGCCCGCGCAGUCCCCGCCGCAGUCUCGGCUGCAGCUGCGGGAGCGAGCCGUGGACGCGGAGGAGACCUCCGGAGGAGGCAGCAAACUUCGCGGUGCCGCACCCCCACCCCGGUCCUCCGCCUCCCGCCGGUAGGAUAAAAAGCACUCUCAAAGCCCAUAGCCUCAUGACAACCUGUGAGGUGGUAGUAAUGGUGCUCCUUUACAAGUAAGAAAACAAAGGCUUAAAGAGGCAUGGCCCUACCAUCUCUGCCCCUGCUGGCAACCCUGGCUCUGGCCUGUGUCCCUGCGGCCUUAGCUGAUGCUCUGGAAGGAGACAGCUCAGAGGAUCGGGCUUUCCGCGUGCGCAUAGCGGGUGACGCGCCGCUGCAGGGCGUGCUGGGCGGCGCCCUCACCAUCCCGUGCCACGUUCACUACCUGCGGCCGCCGCCAAGCCGCCGAGCCGCGCAGGGCUCCCCCCGGGUCAAGUGGACCUUCCUGUCCGGCGGCCGGGAGGCCGAGGUGCUAGUGGCGCGGGGGCUACGCGUCAAGGUGAGCGAGGCCUACCGGUUCCGCGUGGCAUUGCCUGCCUACCCGGCGUCACUCACCGAUGUCUCCCUGGUGCUGAGCGAGCUGCGGCCCAACGACUCGGGUAUCUACCGCUGCGAGGUCCAGCACGGCAUCGACGACAGCAGCGACGCCGUGGAGGUCAAGGUCAAAGGGGUCGUCUUUCUCUACCGGGAGGGCUCUGCCCGCUAUGCUUUCUCCUUCGCUGGGGCCCAGGAGGCCUGUGCCCGCAUCGGAGCCCGAAUCGCCACUCCGGAGCAGCUCUAUGCCGCCUAUCUUGGGGGCUAUGAACAGUGUGAUGCUGGCUGGUUGUCCGACCAGACCGUGAGGUAUCCCAUCCAGACUCCGCGAGAGGCCUGUUAUGGAGACAUGGAUGGCUUCCCUGGGGUCCGGAACUAUGGAGUGGUGGACCCGGAUGACCUCUAUGAUGUCUACUGUUAUGCUGAAGAACUAAACGGAGAGCUGUUCCUGGGGGCCCCUCCAGACAAGCUGACAUUGGAGGAGGCACGGGCGUACUGCCAGGAGCGGGGUGCUAAGAUUGCAACCACGGGCCAGCUGUAUGCAGCCUGGGAUGGUGGCCUGGACCGCUGCAGCCCAGGCUGGCUGGCUGAUGGCAGUGUGCGCUACCCCAUCGUCACACCCAGCCAGCGCUGUGGUGGGGGCCUCCCUGGUGUCAAGACUCUCUUCCUCUUCCCCAACCAGACCGGCUUCCCCAACAAGCACAGCCGCUUCAAUGUCUACUGCUUCCGAGACUCUGCCCAGCCCUCUGCCAUCCCUGAGGCCUCCAACCCAGCCUCUGACCUGGCCUCUGAUGCACUGGAAGCCAUUGUCACAGUGACGGAGACCCUGGAGGAACUGCAGCUGCCUCAGGAAGCUGUGGAGAGCGAGUCCCGGGGAGCCAUCUACUCCAUUCCCAUUAUGGAGGAUGGAGCAGGUGGAAGCUCCACUCCAGAAGACCCAGCAGAGGCCCCUAGGACCCUCCUAGAAUUUGAAACCCAAUCCAUUGUACCUCCCCUGGGGUCCUCAGAAGAGGAAGGCAAGGUGUUGGAGGAAGAAGAGAAAUACCAGGACGAAGAAGAGAAAGAAGAGGAAGACGAAGAGGAGGAGGUGGAGGACGAGGCCCUGUGGGCCUGGCCCAGUGAGCUCAGCAGCUUGGACCCAGAGGCCCCUCUCCCCACUGAGCUGGCUCCAGAGGAGUCACUCUCCCAGGCAUCCCCACCAGUGAGGGCAGUCCUGCAGCCUGAUGCAUCACCACCUCCCUACGGAGAGCCAGAGGCUCCAAGGCCUCCAACGGUCCUUGGACCACCCACUGAGACCCUGCCCACUCCCAGGGAGGGGAACCUGGCAUCCCCAUCACCUUCCACUCCGGUUGGGGCAAGAGAGAGAGGGGAGGAGACUGGGGGUCCUGAGCUGUCUGGGGUCCCUCGAGGAGAGAGUGAGGAGACAGGGAGCUCCGAGGAUGCCCCUUCCCUGCUUCCAGCCACACGGGUCCCUGAGGGUACCAGGGAUCUGGAGACCCCUUCUGAAGAGAAUUCUGGAAGAACUGUCCCAGCAGGGACUUCAGUGCAUGCCCAGCCGGUGCUGCCCACUGACAGUGCCAGCCAUGGUGGAGUGGCCGUGGCCCCCUCAUCAGGUUACUGUGUCCGCAGCCCCUGCCACAAUGGUGGGACGUGCUUGGAGGAGGAGGAGGGGGUCCGCUGCCUAUGUUUGCCUGGCUAUGGGGGGGACCUGUGCGAUGUUGGCCUCCGCUUCUGCAGCCCCGGCUGGGACGCCUUCCAGGGCGCCUGCUACAAGCACUUUUCUACACGAAGGAGCUGGGAGGAGGCGGAGAACAAGUGCCGGAUGUACGGCGCGCACCUGGCCAGCAUCAGCACGCCGGAGGAACAGGACUUCAUCAACAAUCGAUACCGGGAGUACCAGUGGAUCGGGCUCAAUGACAGGACCAUCGAAGGCGAUUUCCUGUGGUCAGAUGGCGUCCCCCUGCUCUAUGAGAACUGGAACCCUGGGCAGCCAGACAGCUACUUCCUGUCCGGAGAGAACUGCGUGGUUAUGGUGUGGCACGAUCAGGGACAAUGGAGUGAUGUGCCCUGCAACUACCACCUGUCCUACACCUGCAAGAUGGGGCUGGUGUCCUGUGGCCCCCCACCAGAGCUGCCCCUGGCUCGAGUAUUUGGCCGUCCACGGCUGCGCUAUGAAGUAGACACAGUGCUUCGUUACCGGUGCCGGGAGGGGCUGGCCCAGCGCAACCUACCACUGAUCCGCUGCCAGGAGAAUGGUCGCUGGGAGCCCCCCCAGAUCUCCUGUGUGCCCCGCAGGCCUGCUCGAGCUCUGCGCCCAAUAAAAACCCCAGAAGGACGUCAGAGGAGGCUCCUGGGGAGCUGGAAGGCACGGUUGACCCCCCCUCCCAAUCCAGCUCCAGGUCCCUAAGGGUCAAGGCCGCCAACACUGCCCUCUGCCCCCAACCCUCCCUCGAACCCAUGCUUUUCCCAUCACAGGGAGUGACAACGAGAGGGGUGGAGCUGAAGUCCAGGUGAUAGUGCCUGAGGGGCUUCUGUGAUAUACCUGGGUAGCUCCAGCCCUGCCUUAGGCUCUCUCACCCCUAUCCUGGGCAUCAGGUUUUUCCCUCAGGGCCUUGAGUAGGUCCCUAAGUGCCUCAACUGCCCUCUCCUUGCCAGCCAUCCUGUCCUCUCCAUUCCCCUGGGGGGCACUGUGCCCACUCAUUCUCGGUUUUCCAAGAGAAUGGGUUCGCAGGAUGGAGUACCUGUAAAACCAGCAGGAAAUAAAGCUGCAUUUG